AAGGCACGUGACAUUAACAGUGGGAGUUGUCGCAUCGGCGCGCACGUCGUCGUGCACAUUUUGCUCUGUUCGUUCGGGGACAACACGGAUUCCAGCCACUACAGUGACCAGCUGAUGGCUUCCUGGUUUCCAAGUGUUGGCACGUUGCUGCCCUUCGCAGCGCUCAUGUUCUACCGACUGGGACAGGACCAGACGACGAUGCAUACCAUAGACCUUCUACAAGAGUAUGACUAUAUCAUUGUGGGUGCUGGAUCUGCUGGCUGUGUGCUCGCCAAUCGUCUAAGCGCUGACCCCCUCGUGAGCGUGCUUCUCCUGGAGGCAGGUGGUUGGGAAGGCGAGUUGGCUGACAUUCCCCUGAUAGCAGCAACGGUGCAAGGAACAUCUCUGGACUGGAAGUACACGACACGUCCACAGGAGGCCGCUUGCUUCGGUCUCCAUGAAAGGCGCAGCAAGUGGCCGAGAGGGAAAGUGCUGGGUGGUUCGAGUGUCCUCAACUACAUGCUCUACGUGCGAGGCAGUCCUCGUGACUACGACCGCUGGCGCAAUCAGCAUGGCUGCGAUGGUUGGGGAUGGCAAGAAGUCCUGCCCUACUUCCUGCGCUCGGAGCACAACCACGACGCAGACAUCGCCUCUAACGGUCACCACGGGACUGAGGGGCCCCUUUCGGUGAUGCGGGCGCCGUACCACACUCCAGUUGCUGAAGCGUUUGUGGAGGCUGGCCGGCAGAUGGGCUAUCCUGCAGGUGUUGACAUCAAUGGAGAAAAACUCGCAGGCUUCAUGAUCCCACAAGGCACCAUCCAAAAUGGUCGUCGCCACAGCACACGCCGUGCCUUCCUGGAUCCUAUUUUGCACCGCCAGAAUCUGCACAUAGGAGUCUACUGUCACGUCACGAAGGUGCUUGUAAAAAGAGGCAUGGCUCAAGGUGUCACCUUCGACCGCUUCUCGGUUGCACACCGGGCCCUGGCACGGCGGGAGGUGAUUCUUUCAGCUGGGGCCAUCGGUUCCCCUCAGCUCCUGCUACUUUCAGGCAUCGGACCAGCCAGACAUCUCGGCGACAUUGGGGUACCUUUGGUUCUUGAUCUACCCGGUGUGGGUGCCAACCUCCAGGACCACAUCUUCCCAGGCGGACUCAACUUUCUGCUGGACAAGCCUGUGUCCGUCCUGCAGUCGCGCACGUUCACCGUGCGAGAACUGAUACAGUACAUGUCCACUCGUUCUGGGCCGUUGACGCUGCUAGGUGGCGUGGAGGGAUUAGGCUUCGUGAGCACUCGCUAUGCCAGUAUGGAGUGGCCGGACAUCGAGAUCCACAUGGCAUCUGGUUCUCCCGUGUCGGACAACGGUGAAACAUUUCGCUCAGCCCAUGGAUUAAGCAAUCAAACGUGGGAGACAACGUUCGUUCCCUACCUUGGCCGUGAAUCCAUGUCGCUGUAUCCUGUGCUCCUGCGACCACGAUCACGGGGUCAACUGCGCCUAGUCUCUCGGGACCCGUACGAGGCACCGGACAUCGACCCUCGCUAUCUGACGCAUCCGCAGGACAUCAGUACCCUUGUUGACGCCAUGAAGUUGUGCCUCCGGCUGGCCACCAUGCCCGCUCUUGGAGAGCUCGGAACACGUGUGUGGGAGAAGCCACUGCCGGGGUGCGAGCUGUAUCCGUUUCUAACGGACGAGUACCUGGCCUGUGUAGCUCGCUCUUACACCAGUACCUUGUACCAUCCGGCUGGCACCUGUCGCAUGGGUCGUGUCAAUGACUCGCGCACUGUUGUAGACCCACAGCUCAGGGUCAAAGGAAUAUACCAUCUGCGGGUUGUGGAUGCUUCGAUCAUGCCCAGCCUCGUGUCUGGAAACACCAAUGCACCUGUCAUCAUGGUCGCUGAGAAGGCCUCAGACAUAAUCCAAAAGGACUGGGAGAAAAUCGCCGUCUUGAAGAAAGCGCUAGAUGCAGCAACUGUUGCAAUUCCCCACCUGUAAUGCUGUGCAACAACUCGAAA